AGACUGGUCCAUGGUUCCAGUCUGUGUUCAGGCAGACUGGAGGUCCGGUCCAACCAGUCCUGGUCCUCAGUGUGUGAAGAGGAUUUGGACCUUAACGAUGCCCAGGUGGUCUGUAGGGAGCUGGGCUGUGGGGCUCCUGGGCUCCUCCUGGGGGGGCUCUAUGGAGAGGGGGAGGCUCCAGUCUGGACCAGUGAGCUCCAGUGUGAAGGACAUGAGUCUGCUGUCCUGGACUGUAGAAGGUCCAGCUCCGCUGGGAAGACCUGCUCACCUGGAACAGCUGCUGGACUCACCUGUUCAGAUCCAGGUGGUGUCAGGUUGGUGGGACAGCCGAGCCGCUGUGCUGGUACUUUGGAGAUCCAACACCAGGGACACUGGAGACCAGUAGGAGACCUCUAUAAACUCUGGGACCUGAAGUCUGGAUCUGCUGUGUGUCAACAUCUGGAUUGUGGAUCAGCUGUUUCAGUCAACAGAACAGAUAAUUCUACAGACAGACCUGUGUGGUUUGUCUCAGUUCCUUGUGUAAAGCUGACAUCUGGACUGAGGGACUGUGUUGGAGUAGAUUAUAACUAUACACUCUCAUCUGGUGUGGACGUGGUGUGUUCAGUUCAGGGUGCUCGUCGGCUCUGA